AUGGACGCCUCGACCACACCAAGUGGGUCAGACCCACGCCAACUCAGGCGAGAAUUCCAAACUUUCGCCGAAGGCACCCGACGAUUCUCCUCACCCGAAGAAGUUCUGCAGACCUACAUCACCCCUCUAGCUCGCAUCUUUCCGGCUGAGUCACUCCCACCAUUUCUCCGACCCCACAUUCCCAAUGCUACCACUUCACCAUCCUCACAAAGCGCAAAUGGCGUCCAAGUGGACCCGCUAUUGGUCGAAUCAAUCCAAACAUCGCUGCUGUCGCGUAUUGUCGUCGAUUGGUCAGUGUCCCUCGCUCCACAGACUCUGCAAGAUUUGGCGGGAUUAUGGUUCUUCGGUCCCCCCUCCCUUCCCUCCUCCUCGCCGGCAGAGGUGGCACGGGGUAAAGUGCAGCAAAGUGCCCUACGAACCCUGACAAAACACCUCUCCGCCUCCACCUCCUCAAGCUCCACAGUUCACCCAACAUCCCGGCAAAGCAUCGUCCAACUCUGCAUUGAUACUCUCGACCGAAUUUCUCUCCCCUCUCUCAUCAGCUCUAUCUCUAAGGGUGAGAGAAAUAAGGCAAGGGCAGAAGUGGCAUGGACUGAAACCCUCCGCUUGCUUAGCUCGCUGCCGGAUAGACUGGCGAACUUCACUCAGGGUGAUCUGCCUCCCACGUUCAGCUCUUCAUUGUGGAUCGAGAGGGUAUUCGUCUCUGGUAUAGCCGCAACACUUGCAAAAAUUCUAAAAGAGGGAGAGUUGAGAUUGUUGAAAGAUGUAUUGAACAGGCUUGACAAGAUGGGCUACCUCACACAGCCAGUUGACGUUGAAGGGAGGGGAUUCUGGCCUGCUCUUCUCCCUCACCAAAACAUUGCCGCACAGUGGCCUGAGCUCAGGGCUAGACUUGGUGCCGGAUUGAGGUUGAAGUUGGAUAGAGCACUUGUUGAGACUCUACAAUACACCAUCACUCUCAGAAAAGGGCUGCCGACGGGUCUAGUUACGGCAGUGGAGAGGAAUAAGCCGGGGAGUGAAGGGGUUGUUUUCCUUUCGAAGGGUGCUCAAGAGGUUGUUGGUGCCGUUCCGCUUGUUCUCGCUGCUUUUUUGAAACCUCGUACCUCUUCUGAGGACGAGUCAGAGUCGGAUUCAGACAGCAGCCCAGAUCAGAGGAUUGUAUCAACAUUCGAAAGAAUCGCCCUACCCACCCCACUCUCCCCUCUUUUAGGUUGGGGGUGGACCACCUACCUUUCCUCCACCCUUUCUCCUUCCCACCUCAUCUCUUGCCUCCGUACAACACUCGAACGUUGGUCAGACGCAACACGAAUCUCGCGCUCACUGAGAGAAGAAGAAGUCUAUCUCACAACUCUGAUUGUCACCCUCCUCGCCUCAACUUCAUCCCAACAAGCGGAGCAGGAGCUAGGCGAACUGUCAAGGUGCCCCACGCUACUGGAUGGCGUAUCAUCGCAUCUCUCGCACUCAGACCCACUAUUUAGAAGGAUGGGAAUGUUAGUUGCUGAACUGAUCAGUGCUGCGACGCAGCGAAACAAUGGGGAGGAGGAAGGGGGGAAUAAGAUGCUGAAUUUCGGCUCUCGAGUGUGGAAUGGGAGAGGGGAGGGCAGGGAGGAGGCUAGAGUUUUGAGGGGGUUGGUUGAUGGUUGGGCCCAUCACUCCGAAGCGAUCACUGACAUUGUAAAGGGUUGGAAAGUGGAGGGUGUUGCAGCGGCAAUCCGUGCUUUGAGUUUAGGGCUGGAUACAAGCUCAAAGACGGCAGAGAGGGAGAAAGAGCUGGUAAGAGAAGUGAAAAAGAGAGAAAAGGCCAAGGUCACAAGGCUUCCAAGAAGGGUUAAUCCACCACCCCACACUAAGGCUAGGGCGUUGAUAACGAUGAUCGACUCAGACAACGAGCCUCUCCCAGCGGAGAAAGAAGGAAGUGGGGGCCCGCUAAAGAUGUUCUCCCGCCUCCAAACCACUUGUACUCGGUCAAGAUCUGAUUCUUCCGCAUCAAACCCUUCCUCCUCAGACGAGUCCGACAGCGAUACCCCGCCCGAGUCUUCCGAGACCGAAAUUCAACGCCUCGCAGCCUCACUCUCCGGCCUAUCCCCUUCGGAAGCACAACACCAUCUCUCCUCUCAUCCCUCUUCCUCGCCUUUCCCCCCUCCUAAACAGAAACAACCCCGCACCAAAUCUAGCAUAACCGACCUGGACGCCGACACGGAAUCCCACGCUCCUCAAUUCCAAAAGAAAACAGCGACUCCAGUGUAUAUCUCGCAACUUGCCCCACUCCUCAAGUCUUCUUCCCGAUCUUCCAUUCGCACGGCACUCGGCCACGCUGCGCGACUCAUCCGUCUCAAAUCCUCAACCGCGCAUUUUGGUGGGGAGGUGAGGGAAAACGCAAUUGAUCUAACCCUAUCCCUUGUUGCGUUGCAUGAUAACUUCGGUAUCAAACGAUUUGAACGAUUGAGAAGGGAAGCGUUGGUGGAGUUAGCAAAGGCGGAAGCGGGGGUUGUGGUGGCAGUGUUGAGUGAGCAAGUGUUUGGGAGUCAGUAUUCGGGGGUUCAACGAGGGGCGAUGUUGGGUGCGAUUGUCGAAAGUGCACUGACUCUGUCGGGAAACGGGGGGCAGAUGGGGGAGGGAGAGGUGGGUAGGAGAGCGGAUAAAGUUGUGGAAGGGGUGAUUAGGGAUGCUAGGAAGGUUGGGGAGGAGAAAGUUGCUGCUAUUCGUCGUCAGCGAAAUCUUGAAAUCCAUCCUUCGCACAGCACUCGGGGAAAAGGUUUGAUUCAGCCUCACAACCCGACCUGGAUCACAUCACCAUCUCCAGCCGAGGUGAGGGGGAAAGAAGAACAAUGGACCGCAAUAGCAGGCCCAAUCUACUUGUUCCCGCUCCUAAACCGAUUCUUAGCAUACACAGCACACCACCAAACACGGACUACCUUCGGAGCGGGAGUGGGGGCUCUGUUUCAACCGGAAACCAAAUCCCUUCUGCUCGACACUCUGACAAUUCUUCUACCCCUCCUAACCGGCAACGCAACGACGCUUGUCGACGCUACAAGGCCGUUGGUUGAAAUUCUAUCCAUCCUCUUAACCCCUCUCGACGGAAGAGUAGGGGAAGGGGUGGGUGUGGAUAAAGCCUCAGCACUCAACCUCCUAUCUGUGCUGCUUGAUUCGCAUCUCGAGUUGGACGCAGGCGAAUCUCUCGUUCGGGACCAAGAGUUGGUUCGUGGGUUGAGGGGGCUGUUGGGGUCCGUGCAGGAGUUGUUUUUGGAUUUGCAGAAUCAAGCCGGCACUGGAGGUGGGGGAGGGGUGAGAGGAAAAGUGUUGUCGAGAUGCGCAACCAUUUUGCUUUUGAUGGAUGAAUUAGAUCGCCGUCGACAAGAGGCGCUUAGGGUUGCACUUGGUUUUACCGUGCCCUCGAACUGA